CUUGGAGUCUUGAAAAAUCCCAAAGAUGAAGGUGAGGACAAUGACAGGCACAAUUCAAUUGAGAACAUGAUUAAAUGCUGGUCCUAUAAAACGAAUGAGUGGGAUGGUAGUGCAUGCGCUCACCUCCAAUUGACAGCACUUUGUAAGGUGUCUGGCACAAAUCCAUAUUCGUGUUUGCUCUCUGUAUGUCUAAAUAAAUACUGGAGAGGAUUUAGGUUGAGAUUAUUGAGAUUCGUAUAUUGGUCUGCUGCUACCUUCCAAAACUCCAUCCCUAUCCUUUCGCCUUUUUAUCUAAUCAUCUACUUAAUUAAUACUACACUCGCCACCUUCUAUAAUUGGCAGAUGCAAAACCUAUCUGCAAACUGCAAUACUAGUAGUAGUUGUUGUACAAGUAACGAACAGCCCUUAGCAAAUAAAACCAGAACUGGUGAUGCAAAAAGGGAGGAAGAACUCAAUGCAAUCUCAAGAAAUAACAAUAGAAUAAUCCAUGGAUGGCCUAAUUUAACCGUCUGAACAUCAAGUCAUGUAAGCCAAUGGUGGAGUUCCCACAAAACUAGUGUUAUCCACCUAUCAUCCUAUUGGGAAAAGCAGCCAUGCAAGGGGAAAAUUUGCGUAAAGGGUCUUGGCUUGAAGAGGAAGAUGAGCGACUGACUACCUUUGUUGGACUGUUGGGGGAACGGCGCUGGGACUCUAUUGCAAGAGCAUCAGGUCUAAAAAGGAGCGGUAAGAGUUGCAGGUUGCGGUGGUUGAACUAUCUUCGCCCUGAUCUUAAACGUUGUCAGAUAAGCGCUGAAGAAGAGCAAAUCAUCCUUCAACUUCACAAACGAUGGGGUAACAAGUGGUCAUGGAUUGCAAGAAGCUUGCCAGGAAGAACCGAUAAUGAGAUAAAGAAUUACUGGAGAACUCAUUUGAGGAAGAGGACAGAAAUUGAAGAACAAGAUAGCUUUCAAAGUGAAAUAGACAAUGCCAAACAAGAUUUCUUGAUUCAAAGCAAUGCAAGCACACAGAAAAGUAACUAUGAAGACUGUGGAUCUGUUGAGGAUGUUUUGGGAGCCACAGAUGAUUCCUUUGAUGCUCUUGCAUUGUCAAACUUUGCUUUCACAAGUUCUCCCUAUGAAAACAGAUUAUCAGAUUGGAUGUCAGGGCUGUCCAGUGAUUUGAGUGAAAUGAAAUAUCAUGGGGAAUGGAAUAGUUUAGACUCUUCCUUCGGUUAUCCGGCAUGGAUCCCUGAGGAUUGUGAUACUAGUGUUUGGGAUGGUUCAGGCUCUCUUUGGGUCAUGGACUAACUCACACAGCUUAUGAGCUUCAUGUAGUGAAUCUAAAUAAGUCUGAGGUGGUGUUUGUUUUUUUACUUAAUUCUAAACAGAACCUUAAUGAUUAGUAGUGUUAGAUAUUAAA